CCGGCCAUUCGUAGGUCGCCUGCACCAGUCCAAAAUGCUGCUACAUCUGCUCGGACUCGGGUCAUCCGGCCUUCCUAUGCCCGGACCGCCCCGUGUUGAAGGUGAUCAUGAUGUACGGGCAUGGCAUUAAGGGCAUGGACUUCUUUCACAUCGAGCUGCCGGACCUCCCCCCACCAUCUCCCUCGCUCCAGGCGAUUGUUACUAUUCGGGAGGGGGUGGCUUCGCCGGAGAUGCUUGAAGCUGAGCUCAACCACCUCUACCACUGCACCUGGGAUUGGCAGGUCACCAUGAUGGAUGGCAACCAGUUCUCAGUCAUCUUCCCAAACACCGCCAGCCACGGGUACGGCACCCGCAGUGGUGACAUCACUCUGGCUCUCAACAAGCUAGUGGUGGACAUCUCGGUGCCGACCCGUGACCCCUUGGCGGUUGCCGUUCUCGACACGGCGCUACUGAUGCUUUGUUCAAAUGGUCUGGUAACUUGCAGCUUUGGCGGCCGCUUAGCCGCCCCAGGGAGAGAGACGCCAUCACCUCCAUCAUCACCCAGCUUCGCGCGAUGGCUCUCCGCAUGGCACCGCCGCUUCCCCCACCACCACCUAAGCUAGAUUAGCUCUUCUUCGUCUUCGACGCCGCCGGCGUGUGUUGUCUGUGCCACCCUUGUGGUGUUUGGGCUUGUUGUGCUGUGCCCACAGCGGAUCCUAUGUUGUGUGUGGUGUUUGUGCGUUUGUGUUGGACCUUUGUGCGGUGGUGUUGUGUGUGUGUGUGCGUUGGAUGAUACCUUGUAGACUUUGUGCUUGGUGGUUGCUUUAUUUAUAAAGCGGGGCGAAAGCCUUUCUCGGUAAGGCCUUAUGCCUGGAA